CGUCGGCACAGCACACAGCACAGCACAGCACAGCAUAGCACACAUCCGCACAAUGGAAACGUCUUCAGAAGCGAAUCUACUUAGGCCGACAACUCGGCACCAUCCUGUUCGGCCGUGCCGAAAGUGAAUCCGUUGGCUGCGGUGGAUGGCAGCAGUACAUCCUUGACGAACAUGGCCUCGACCAUGGACCUGCUCAUGGGUGGGGAAGGUAGGCUGACGGGCGAGGCAGCCAUGGAGCUGUUGUUGUUGGUAUCCAAAUUGUCGCUCCUGCCCGUCUCGUCCUCUUCGCUCUUGCCGGCCUGCGACGGGGUUGCCGAGGGAGGCGUGGGCGGGAUGAGGCUGUCCCGCACGAUGCCAGUGGUGAUGCGGUCACCCAGGGAAGGCACGGACAGCAGGUCCUUGGCCUCACUGAUUGACCCCCUCGGAUCCCGCAUGACCUCUCCCUGGGGCUCUUCUAUUUGUCCAUCGGCCGCGUCUCGCAGCAGAGGUGGCUCGGGGCUUUCGUGUCUCGGUGCGGCAUCGAUUAUCACAGUGGGGGUGACCUCCUUGUCUUCGGGGCCACCGUCAUCGUCUGCUGAAGGUUCCUCCUCGUGGAUUGUCUGCGGGAGACGGAAGCCUUCAGUGCCUGACACCGGUGACACCGCAGUGGAGUGCCACAGAUGUCGGUGUGCUGUCCGUCCAUGAUUUGCUCACCGCCGUCAUCCUGUGGCGAGCCAUCAGCCGAGCCAUCGAUGUUGUUUUCAAACGUCACUGAUCUGCCUCGUCUUGAUGCAAACUGCUGCCGCAGUGACUGUAUGUAUGGAUGCAUACAUACAUACAUACAUACACAGAUGACACAGGAACAUGCACCAGACAAUCGCCUCACACCCCCCCGGCCGUCUGUGCCGUGUCUCACUCACCCCUGCAGGUGCAGUAGUGGCCAGUUGCUGCCGUGUGUCGGCCGCCUUCUCAGCACCGCCACCCUCCAUCUCCAUCUGAAUAAAACCAUACAUGGGUGGCACAAGCAGAAUAGACAUACCUGUACAUCCAUGGCGACCGAGUUGCCGUCUCACCCACCCACCUCAGCGCCGUGCCGCUGCUCGUCACGGUGUUGUUCCGAUGGCAUCAUGGUGAUGGGGUGGUCCAUGGGCUGCGUCAGCCGCGAGAAGCUGCGUGUCCCUGCGAGGUUCUUCAAGACCCCAGGCCGCCGACCCGCCAGCUGAUUGAGCAUGGAUGAAUUCCUCCUGUCAUAUUCGACGAUGGAGAACGGGCUGAGGGAGCCCGGCUCAUGGCGGGGCAGGUCGCGGCUCCGCGUGCUGCUGCUGGCCGUGCGAAGCUUGGGGCUGCGGCCAAUGGCCUUGGCCUCCUUCAGAAACGAGAAGUUCUCAAACAGUGCGAACUCUUUGAUGAUCGAGCCGAGGGACGUGACGAGCACAUUCGGGAAGCGGCUGCUAAGGAACUUGUUGAGCUGCACGAUGUCUGCUGUUGGCGUCGUGCAGAGCAGGAUGGGCACCCGCACCCCGAUGGACGUCAGCCACUGGACGAUCUGGAUGCCGGGGAACUGCUGCGCCCCUCCCAUGGCGUCUGCGUCCGCAGACUGCUCGGCCGACUGCAUGAAGAAGUGGGACGUCGACACCUCUGACGGCCGGCCGCCGGUGGAUGUGAGUUGGGUGCUCUUGCGGCUGAUGAUUUGGGAUGGCCGCUCCGGAACCUUUAGGACUCGGCGCUUGUCGUCUGUAGUGUGGCUGCUGGGAGUGCCCGUGUGUGCCGGGGCUGGGGGCGGUGCACCGGCUGUUGCAGCGGGUGGAGCGCCCGUAAGAUCAGUGAUGAUGCGGAAUGUCUGUGAGGCCUUGCUGGAGAAGAGGGCCGGUCUCAAGCGGUAGACAUGCUGGAUAAACACCUGGCCCUCGGCUAUGGAGUCUAUCGUCACAAUCUGCAUGGACGGACAAAGGGAGACACGCAGGCAGGCAUGGACCAGUGACGGUGUAAGUGUGUCUCAGUGAGUCACAGCCACAAACAAACCUGUGUGCCGUCGGCCCUGGCCUCGUCAUGUAUGUCUGCGUAGCGCUUGUUGUGGCAGCACCACCAUAGCAGCAUUCGCUGCAUCACACAAACACUGCCCCGCCUUUCCAGGCUAUGACUGACUGACUCACUCACUUUUGUGUGUGCGGCCUCCUCGGGCGCCUUGUCGAUGCUGACUUCAAAGCUCUUGACCAGGCCGUCGAUCUUGUUAUGCAGAGAGAACACCAAGCCCCACAGCUGAAUCUCGAACGGGCUCUUGACGUUGGACUCCAGGCUCACACCGCGCGAGAACAGAUAGGUCGUCAUGGCUAUCAUGAAGGCACCCACCAGUAACGCGCCCAAACUUAUCAGCAGAAACAGCACAAAUCCUGCAGCAAACAUACAACCCAUUCAACCGGAGAGAGACACCUCACUGUCGCCGAAAGUGCGUGGGCUGACCUCCGAAAAGGUUCUCGUUGAGCAGGGGCCCAGUGGGGAAAAUGGAUAUGCUGAGUUUGAGCAUCGCCAGGAUGCUGACACCCAGGCCCCUGAACUCCUCCACUCUGCUGCCAUACAGCUGCACACACAAGACACAGUACGUACGUGUGUGUGUGUGUGUGUGUGUAGUGCGAGGAGUGGCAGCCAGCAUCCGUGUGGACGAACCGCGUUGAUUGCGAAUGCCCACGGUAUCAGCAUGCACAUGAGGAGCAGGAAGAACAGCAGCACCCCAGGCAACAUGCGGAAGAAUACCUUGACUGCGUAUUGGUCGGCAGGUGCAUUCAUGGAGACAGACGUGGGAAGAUGGAAAAGCCUUACGGGGAUGCCUCUCUUACCGAGCGACCUCAUGUGUUCGGUGGCCUUAAGGCAAAUUAGGUUCAGGCCAAAGAUGAUCUUGAAGGGCAGCAACAGGCACGCAAACGAAUAAGCCUGCCGGCAUCCAUCCAAGAGCAAUCAGACCCACAAGCAACCAUCGACUGAUUGAUGUUGACCAGCUUUCCCGUUUCAUGUAAUGGCUGACACAUACAUACGUACAUUUCUCUCGAGUCUUGCGGCGUCGCUGAGAGCUGAGAGGGAGACGAAGGACUGCGUGUCGUCUAAGUCGGCCUUGAGGAAGACAUGAAUGCUGCAAUCGACCAGCAGACAACCAUGGCACGAAACACGGUAUUAAUGGCUGAGUUGCAUGUGGAAGCCCCCGUUGCGUACGCAAUGAAUCUGCAUGUGAUGGCAUAGACGAUGGUUCCGAGGAGGAGCAGCUCGCACAGAUGGACAUGCAGCCUCGCACGGAGAUUCAUCUCGAGAAGCAACUGCAAUACGACGCGAAACGUCAACAGCAGAGGUAACACGAGAGACGCACACACCAUCGGUUGCUCGAUUGCCUCCUCACCUUGAGGAACAUGAGUAGGACCACAACGAAAAAGAAACUGUCGAUGCAGAUGAACAGCCAGGCGAACUCCGUCUGCAGAGCAUACGACUCGAGGGCGAACAGCGCCACGGCCUCAACAUGAAAGGCCGUCUGCACUGACUGAUCCGCAAACUUCUCUAUCGCAAACCUGCAAGAUCCAUAUACAAUAGUCGACAAAACACAACAGCGAGCAUACGCCGGUCGUUGCCACCUCGUGCACGUCUUGUCUUGUCUUGCCUGCCGAUGACAAGUCUUCUUGUAUGUUCGUCGACGAACGACAUGUCGAUGAGCACCAGCCUGGUGAAAUCAUCCAGCCACUGCUCCAUUCUCAGCUGCUGCACCUUCUUCAUCAGCUCAGAAUAUGGCUCCGCCAGCUCUAUCACAUAGGCGUGGUAAGGGUAUCUUGUGCCCUUCCGGCCGACAUAGGAAGUCGACGACAAGUCGCGAAUCGAUACAAUCCGGUACUCCUCACACUUGGGUUCCGCGCAGUAGGGGCUAGGUGGCUCGGGGGGGGUCUCGGUAACGGUGCUCGGCGUGGACGCCCAGCCCCAACCAACGCCCGUUUUAGCCACCGCUGAAAAAUCUCUGUCGUCGAAAUUCUUAUAAUCGAUGCACUUGUUUGGGGGUCGAGGGAAGCUGCCUACACCGCACACAUAACACACCCGAGGCCACCGAGUAAGUGACGUCUCUUAUGCAGCUGGCUGGUCGGCGGUGUGGCUCGACACACACACAACCCUCACCAUUGGAGACGCCGCCCCUCUCUCGUCGAUGCGUGUCGAUGGAUUCAUCGAAAUCAGGGCAGUCGCCCCGUCGAGGUGCGCGUGACCUCAAUUGGGCGAGCCGAAUGCCUCCCAGCGGCCGCAGCGAUGUGGGGUAUUUGCUGAAGUAACGAUACAGCAGCGUCUCCUCCACCCAGCGCCAGAAGGGCGUCGUCGCUUGAGACACGAUCUUCACGAAAUCGUCGGUUUCCGCCUCAAUCAUUGCUGGUUGAGGCAGAGGAGGAACAACACAAAUCCUGACCACAUGCUGCCUCGUCUCACGCACCUUCCCGCGUCUGCAUUGUGCUGAACGUGUCGGCAUCAUAUAGCUGCAAGCGAAAAGGGAGAAGAAUUCUGGACGUGUGAAUGGGUGGGCAGAUAUGGCUGCGUGCAUACGGACCUUGCGGAUGGCUACGGUCGUCUGGUAGUCAAGCCCCGAAUGCAGGUCUCGUGAGAAACCAAACAUCCACUGAGGCAAGCAGGGGCGUCUCCUCCGUUCAGGUAGACUGGUGAUUCUUUGCUUACGAUGAAGAGUGCGACGUAUGCGAAAACCAAAAUCUUCUCCAUGCGGCCAUGCAGCAACCUGAACGCAGAGAAGCGAGAGUCUGUGGGAAACAACGGAGAGGGCCGCUCAAUCUCGUACCCAUAACGAAACCAUACUGACAGGCGCCCAACAGAGGACAGGUUGACCCAAUCGGCUGCGGACACCGCCAUUUGCUUCGUGAACAGGCGUUGUGGCCCUGAUGUUGGCUUCUUCGUGGCCGGAACGCC